UUGAAUCCGCUUCCAAUAACCACCGUCUCUGAUGAUUUGGCCGACGUUCUUAGACCGAUUGAUUUUUUGGUUUCUCAAAUAAAAUUAGAAAGAACUGAACAAAAUUUCUAUUUUUUGAAAACAGAAAAUAAGGGUUUAGUGAAAGAGUUGCGCUUGAGGUACAAAUUGACAGAAGCAUAUCUUGACCGAUUUUGGCAAGUUUGGAGGAACCAGUAUUUGAAAUGCCAUUUGGAACGUUAUCAGAGGGAACAUAAACAAGGAAAAUCAGUGUCCCGUAAAGAACCAAAAUUGGGGAAAAUAGUUAUACUGUUUGAUGAGGAUACUCAUCGAGCACAUUGGAAGCUGGGAAGGAUAGAGGAAUUAAUCAAAGGUAGACAGGAAAGGGUAAGAACAGCUAUACUAAGAUUACAGACUGACGUUAAAGUAGAGCGGCCAAAAAGUCAUUUGUAUGCACUAGAGGUUGGGUCGGAAGAGCUGCAAAAGUAUUUCAACGCGGUUAUAACAGACGAUAAAAUUGAGGAUAACAUGACUUUAGGGAGGAUAAAGAAUAUAGACCAGCUCAAGAAACAAGUCGUCCAGUUCACAGAAGACAGUCCAGAAAAAGGGGAAGGAAAAUAA